AUGCACAAUCCACAAUCACUAAUUUAUCAAGUAUACCAAAGUAAGUACUUCCCUACAACCACAAUAUUGGAAGGGAAAUUAUCUGGAAGACCCUCGUGGGGUUGGAGAAGCUUACUUUGGGGUAGAGAGCUUCUUAUCCAAGGUCUUCGAUGGCAAAUUAAUGAUGGAAGUACACUGAAUUAUUUUAAGGAGCCAUGGAUCCCAGGAAAUUAUCCUUUCCUUCCAAAAGCCAGAACGACACAGCAACAAACUACAGGAGUAAUAUCUGACCUCAUCAAUCAAACUACAAGGAAUUGGAAAACAAGUAUGAUUCUGGAGAUCUUUGCUCAGGAUGAUGCAAGAACCAUUCUUGCCCUACCACUAUCUUACUGGCCACAUCCAGAUAAACUAAUUUGGCACCACACCAGAGAUGGGAAUUACACGGUGAAGUCAGGGUAUCAUAUUGCACAUAAUAAAGGACUCAGGGAAUAUCAAUCAACCAUCCCUCAUCUCUCCAAACCAGAUUGGAAACUUUUAUGGGGUCUACAAAUCCCAAACAAAAUAAAAGUAUUCAUUUGGCGAUGUCUUCAUGAGGGACUCCCAACAGGCAUGGCUCUACACCAACGGCUACUACUACCACCAAACUGCAAGUUUUGUGAAGAAACAGAAAGUCUUACACAUCUCCUAUUAUCCUGCCCUUUUGCAAGACAGGUAUGGUUCCAAGGUCCUCUGAAUUUCCGAUCCGACUGGGAUACAUUCCCAAGCUUUUCACUCCAUUGGAAGCAUACGACAUCACAACUGCAAAACCUGGCUUCCGAAACACAAGCUUUACCAUUAUAUUGCUUUACAUUGUGGCACAUUUGGAAGGCAAGAAAUAGUCGCAUUUUCAAAGACAACCUUCCAACAAUCGAGGGGACAAUCCGAAGUAUCAUACAGGACGCAGAAGAAUUUGAGCAGUCCUUGAUACCAAUGCACAAUGUUGCUCCUCCCAACAAUCCAUACCAAUCAAAUAUCCAAGAUAUUCCAACAGGGUUCAUAAAGCUAAACUAUGAUGCUGCGGUCCACAAACAACGGAAACAGGGAUUUGCUGGAAUUGUUACAAUGGAUGAACACAGGCGCAUUCAAGGGAAAUUUUCAACGACAUUCUGCUUUAUAUGGGAUCCGGGAAUUUUGGAAAUGAUGGCCCUAAGGGAGGCCAUGAACUGGGCACUUUCCAGAGGUUGGACAAAGGCCAUUUUUGAAGGUGAUGCCCUACAAAUAUCCACAAUCAUAAAUUCACAAAAAUGCUCAAUAGCAUCACUACAGGGUAUUUGUGCAGACAUCUGGCGUCUUCUAAAUUCCUUCACAUCGGCUGUAAUCCAAUCGGUUCCAAGAAACCAAAACCAGGAAGCUCACAAUUGGGUUCAAGAAGUCAAACGUCGUAUCCUUUAG